UUAAACAAUCAAUCUCCUUUCUCGUGUAUUGAUCCUUGUAUUACCUGAACUCUUAGAAAUUUCAACUUCGAUGUCUUUUAAAAAGUCCGCCAUUUAUUCUUCGCAUUUGUUGUCUUUUCUAAAAAUUGGCGAAUGCGUGUGAAGCGCUUGAAGUUCAUCUAAGCGCUUGGGAACAGUUAAGCGUGCAACUAACAAAGAUCCACGUUCGGGAACUGUUGAUGUUGUGGGAAAUGGCUGUAAAUCAGCUGACGUGUCGCCAAACAAUUUUAUUUUCUUUAGUUUUCUGUCUAGUUCUCGCCUCAAGCGUCGGGGAAAUAGACGAAACUGACGACACGGAAGAUGUGCAAGAACACUACCACCCAACUGUUAUGAUAGCUAUUCUUGUUCGAAACAAAGAACAUGUGCUGCCAUGGUUUUUAGAGUACCUGGAAAGACUGGAGUAUCCAAAAAAUAGAAUAGCAUUAUGGAUCCGAAGUGACCACAAUAAGGAUGACUCUAUACGCAUGCUGAAACAGUGGUUAGCAGUAGUGGAGGACGAGUAUCAUUCUGUUGAUGUAAAUUAUGAAUAUGACGAAGAAUAUGCUGAUGAGCGCGGACCAUGUGACUGGAGUGACGACCGAUUUACUAAUGUCAUCAAACUUCGGCAAGCAGCUUUGGAUAAUGCACGGAAAAUAUGGGCAGACUAUGUCUUUAUGCUUGAUGCUGAUGUUGUUUUGGAAAAUUCACAGACAUUAACUCUAUUGAUGAACGAGGAAAGAACAAUAGUGGCGCCCAUGCUGAAUGCCAGUGUAGGUGAAACCUACUCCAAUUUCUGGGGCGGUAUGACUGAUGCUGGAUACUACCUAAGAUCUGACGAUUACUUCGAUAUUGUGGGUAGACAAAUAACUGGCUGCUUACGAGUUCCCAUGGUGCACUCGGCUCUCCUUAUCAAUAUGCGGCAUUUACGGACAGGACAGAUUGCCUACAAUCCAGCACCAGAGAACUAUGACGGUCCCUUCGAUGACAUCAUUAUUUUUGCCCACUCGGUCAAAGCAGCUGGUCUGUACCUGUAUGUAUUAAACACAGAGUACUUUGGGAAAGUGAUGAUACCUCUUGAUUACUUCCAUACACUACAGGAGGAGGUGGAUCAUUUCACCUAUAUCAAACUGGAGGCUGACGAUGCCGACUUUAUAUAUGAGGAGCUAGGACCACGUCAUUACCCAGUCAAGAGACCUCCUCUCGUCAGGUCCCCUCACAUAGACGUCAAGGAUGUCGUCGCAGACAAGUUGAUGUUUGAUGAGAUAUAUAUGAUCAACCUUGUAAGGAGACCUCUACGCCGAGAACGAAUGCUCAGAUCUCUGAAAGAAUUAGGUCUACAAGUGACUAUUUUUGAUGCUGUUGAUGGGAGAGAGUUGAAUGCUACCUACCUGGACAAGCUUGGAGUGGAGAUGAUGGACGGAUAUGCAGACCCCUAUGCUGGCAGAAAAUUGACAAUGGGAGAGAUAGGAUGUUUCCUCAGUCACUAUUUCAUCUGGAAAGAGAUCCUUGACAAAGGUUACAAAACGGCACUUGUGUUUGAGGAUGAUGUGAGGUUUGAGCCGUACUUCAAAACCAAACUUAGACGUCUCCUGGACGAGGUGGAGGAUCGAGUACCUAACUGGGAUCUACUCUAUCUGGGUCGCAAGAGGUUGAAGUUGUCAGAGGAAACGUAUGUUGAUGGCUCACAGACCCUGGUGUGGCCAAGUUACUCGUACUGGACCCUAAGUUACAUACUGUCUGACCGUGGGGCAAGGAAACUUCUCCAACAGCAACCUCUCAGCAAGAUGAUUCCUGUCGAUGAAUACCUGCCCAUUAUGUUCGACAAACAUCCCCAGACCAGCUGGAAGGAGCAGUUUUCACCACGAGACAUGAUCGGCUUGUCCGCCUAUCCGUUCCUGGUGUUCCCGACCCACUACACUGGUGAACAGAGCUACUUCUCCGACACGGAGGAGUCGGUCACCAUCUCGGACGAGGCCAUCAGUACCCAUAACCAGCAGCAUAACAACAGAGAUGAGCUCUGACCAGUCUACAGAUAUGUCCACACAUUCUAGUUCUUUGUCGUCUUGAUGGGUUUUUUUUGGGGGUAUUUUGGUAGAUUUUUCUAUUUUACAGUUUUGCUACUAAUUUUUAAGCUUAUAAUCAAAACUACAGUCAUAUGGAAAACUACACAAACCAAGUGUUAAGUCUGUUCUUGCCAAACAUAAUAUUUAGCUCUUCAGCAUUUAUGUAUAGUUUUAAAAAGAAAAAAGAAAAAAGCUACUGAUUGCUAGGAGAAAUAAUAUCCUGUUUCUUUUUCUGUUUUAAAGAUAUUCUCUCAGUCUUACUCAUAAUUAGACAAUCUUGUAUGAAAAUUCAUGUUUGUAAUCAUGUAAACUUCUGUCACUUGAGACACCUGAGUGGGGCCACUUCACAAUUGAGCAAUUGCUUUUCAUGUUUGUCAUUAACGACAUGGGUGGUUGUGGUAUCAUUAACAUCAGAUUUUCAGUUGUAGGUACUUAUCAAGUCCUCAUAUUAGUAAAUCCUGUUACAACACCUAAUAGUUAAGUAUCCUUGACUCAUACAGGAACUCAUUUGCCAUCAUUUUUUUGCCAAGAUUUUUCUGGCUGUUAGACUCAAAGAAAAUCAAAAUACUUCAAACCAGCUUAUUGUACAAGUGUAAAUGUAGGUCUUACCCCUUGUUUCUGUACGUCUGUCCUUACGUGUGUGUACUUAAAAUCUUCAGAGUCUUAUCAUAAGAUGAAGAUUUAGUGGAUCUGUAGCCUCGAUCUACUCUUGGAUGUAGGUUUUGAGGACAAGUCUGAGGCUUACAGAGAUUUUAACCCUCAGUUCCACAUGCUUGAGUAGAAUAUCCAUGUGUACUUUACCUUCAUAAUUACUGACUUUUCUUCCCCCUGUCAUCAAGGAUUUGGUAAAAUCAAGGGCACCAAUAUUUAUUGAAAAUUGAAAAGAAGUACUAAGUAAUCAAGAUCAUAUUUCAAUGGGGAAAAGUAUGAUUAAUUAAGUCUAAUAAAACACCUAAUAUGUAGGAUUUCUGUGCAAUAUUACUUAACCAAGAAAGUCAGUAAGUGUCCCCCUAUCUACUUGUCACCUACCUAUGUCAAGGUAUAAAUCCCACCGAUCAGUAAUUCUCCCCACCCACCAAUCAACCCACCCAUCAGUCAGUAAAUGUGCCCCUGUCAACUGUGGCCUACUUUUCUCAAUGUAUACAUCCCCACCGGUCAGUAAAUGUGCCCCUGUCAACUGUGGCCUUCUUUUCUCAAUGUGUACAUCCCCACCGGUCAGUAAGUGCCCCCCCCUGUGUCUUUGUAGUCAUUUAUACCAGUCACUGUCCUCUGUCACAUGCUUAUGUCAAGGUAUUUGACCUCACUGUUAAAUAGUAUCCCCUGACUAUCAUUGACCUAUAUCUAGGCUUGUAUCUCCACCAGUACCCAUGUAAACAGUUCCAGCAGUCUCUGUCAACCCCAAAUUUCAGUCGGCUUUUCCAUUGGUCAGAAGAUGUUCUCAGUAACUUAGUAACUAUGUACCUCUCCUCAACAUGCCACUCAUGAGAUAAUGACUCCAUUUGUAAAUAAGAAGUUUUUGAGAAGAAUGCGGAUAUAAAUUUGACUACAAUGUGUAUGUACAUUGUUAUUUCUCAGGGCCUUUUUAAAGACUUAUAUAGAUGUAUGUGGCAUAUACAGUAUAUUUCCUAAUAAGGGCACAUUGUCAAAUAAUGGUGUACCCAAUACUUGACAGAAUGAUAUCCAGACCAAAUAGGCAACAACAAAUAAAUAAAUAAAUAAAUAAAUAAAAUAAUGUGUUAAAUUUAACUCUGAACAUGAUUUCAAUUUUCAACUUUUUUUAAUAAACCCACUGAAUCGGCAAUAAAAGUUGUUUGCAUAAUUAAUUAAUCCAUAUGCCAACUUUAUCUAAAUAAGAGCACCGUCAUCAAUUAUGCAUGCCCUGUGCCCUUAUUAAGCUUUUUACAGUAUAUUAAAUGUGUAUAUCCCUGUAUAGAUAGAGGUAUGUAGUCAGUAGCAGAUAUAUAUGUAUGUAUUGCAUGGGUAAAUGAGAAAAACAUCAAAGUAGAUAAAAUAUAUUUUAGGUUUGAUUGAUGAUUCAGUUUUAUGUGGUAUACUGAAAGAUGCCAGAUGUGAUAUUGUUGUCAUAUAGAAAUUUAUUGAUGAAAUCUCGGUCUAAAUAACAAUUCCAAUCCCAUGAUAUGUAUUUAUAUCUUCAUGAUUUGCUUUGUGACAAUAUGACCUCACAAUUACAUUUUACUUACUUCUGAUACAAAUUAGUUUUGAGACUUUGGGGGGGGGGGGAAUAAGAGGGUUGCAUAAAUGUAAUGAAAAUCAUUUUUGGAGAUAUAGGAGGAGGGUGUAAAUAAAAAUCAGUAUUUUGAGACUUUGGAUGGGAAAGAUGUAAAUAGAGAUAAUUUUUCUAGACUUCUGAGUGGGUGUGUCAAUGAAAAUCAUUUUUUGAGACUUGGGAGGAAUGUCAAUGAAAACAGAGCUUACCACUAGUUCUGAAUUUAGAAGAUUACUUUCCUCUUUAAAAUCGAAAGCAUUGACAGCAACUAUCAAAUCAUAUUUCAAUUAUUCAUAUGAAGAUUUAAUUUUGAGAAUGGGCUAUCACCUGUACAGUGUUGUAGGUACAUCCAUUGUUAUAGUAGUGACAUGAUAAUGUAUGGUAUAGCCAGCAAAGAGCUGGGAUAUAGAAGUUUGUCAGAUCCAGAUAGACUUUGUCAGAUCCAGAUAGACUUUGUCAGAUCCAGAUAGACUUUGUCAGAUACAGAUAGACUUUGUCAGAUACAGAUAGACUUUGUCAGAUCCAGAUAGACUUUGUCAGAUCCAGAUAGACUUUGUCAGAUCCAGAUAGACUUUGUCAGAUCCAGAUAGACUUUGUCAGAUCCAGAUAGACUUUGUCAGAUCCAGAUAGACUUUGUCAGAUCCAGAUAGACUUUGUCAGAUCCAGAUAGACUUUGUCAGAUACAGAUAGACUUUGUCAGAUCCAGAUAGACUUUGUCAGAUCCAGAUAGACUUUGUCAGAUACAGAUAGACUUUGUCAGAUACAGAUAGACUUUGUCAGAUCCAGAUAGACUUUGUCAGAGCCAGAUAGACUUUGUCAGAUCCAGAUAGACUUUGUCAGAUCCAGAUAGACUUUGUCAGAUCCAGAUAGACUUUACGUAGUACUAAAUUGAUGAUUUAUCGGGGGAAAAAACCCUGACAACUUGAACUGAGAAAUCCAAAUGUAAGAAAUAUAGGAUGAGUAACUAAUAUACUGCCAUUGUGUUCCCGGUAUAACUGAAUCCAGUAGUGUUCAUAUUUCUCUAGUAUUAUAUAUAUACCACAGCCAGGAUUGGGCCCUAGCUUUUAUAUGUCGUAACAAUUUAUGUUUACCAGAAUGUCACUUACACAUUACACAUGUACUUGUAGUACAUUUAUUUUGUUUUUUCUUUUUACUAUUUGCAAUAUGCCAAUAUAGAUUUAGAAUGUGUCAUAUAUAGGUUACAUAAUUAGUAUGUUAAUGGAAUGUACAACGGCUGAUUGUUUUAUUAAAUCUGAAUUUAGCCUAGUAACCUGUUGCUGCCAAUGUAGAUAUUAAAAACUUAUAAGUCCCCUAUGGCUGAAUCCGGCCCGGGGUUACUAUAGGUUUCCUCUCCGUCCGUCUUGUACGUAUGGACGUACGUACAUAAUGCCAGAGUUUUGUAACAGGGAAACAACAAUAGUUAACCUUAACCAACUAGACUGUAUGUCACAUGAUUCCACUUAAAACGGAAACAUAGGGCAUACAAAAUGGAGCUUCAUUGUAAACAGUAUUGCACUCAAGGUUGUAGGUAAAAGGUAAAACAAGUUUAUAAAAUGUAAUUCAAUAUUAAUUUGCAGAAAUACAUAUUUUUCUCAAUAUCACUUUUAGGUAAUUAUACUCGCUUGUAAAUGAAUUCAGAAAUGAUCUUCUUAGAUUACAGAGUUUUAUAACAUUUAAGGAGAAUGAAAUGUUAAUUACAAGAUAUCAUAUUGUUGACAGUUAUUGCUAUGGAUUAAAAAAAAACAACAGAUGGACGUGUUUACCAAACCCUAUUUAGAGUAACACCAUAUAAGUGAAUCAAUUUGUGGCCAUCACCACAUAGUAAAAUAGGUCACAACAUGGGUAAAUAGGGGGUAACUACAUUGGUAAAUAGGGGUCACGACAUGGGUAAAUAGGGGUCACGACAUAGGUAAAUAGGGGUAACUACAUUGGUAAAUAGGGGUCACGACAUGGGUAAAUAGGGUCACUUCAUAGAUAAAAAUAGAUCACAACAUGGGAAAAUAGGACCAUUACAUAGAUAAAUAAAAUAGGGGUCACUACAUAGGUAAGUAGGGGACAUGACAAGGUAAAUAGGGGUCACUACAUAGGUAAGUAGGGGACAUGACAAGGUAAAUAGGGGUCACUACAUAGGUAAGUAGGGGACAUGACAAGGUAAAUAGGGGUCACUACAUAGGUAAGUAGGGGACAUGACAAGGUAAAUAGGGGUCACUACAUACCUAGGUAAAAAGUAGGUCACAACAUUGGUAGAUAGGGGUCACAGUCUCACUACAUAGGUAAAAAUAGGUCAUAACGUAGGUAAAUAGGGGUCACUACAUAGGUAAAUAGUAUCACUACAUAGUUAAAAAGUAGGUCACAACAUUGGUAAAUAGGGGUUAAAACAAAGGUAAAAAAAUAGGUCACAACAUGGGUAAAUAGGGUCGCUACAUAGGUAAAAAUAGGUCACAACAUAGGUAAAAGGGUAAAAAGGGGUCACUACAUCAGUAAAUAGGGUCCAUACAUAGGUAAAAAUAGGUCACAACAUGGGAAAAUAGGGUCAAUACAUAGGUAAAAAAUAGGUCACAACAUAGGUAAAUAAGGGUCAAAACAUUGGUAGAAUAGGGUCAAAACAUAGGUAGAAUAGGUCACAACAUGGGUAGAUAGGGGUCACUGCAUAGGUUAAAAUAAGGUAAAAAUAGGUCACAAGAUAGGUAACUUUGGGUCGCAGCAUAGGUAAGAAUAGGUCAUAAUAUAGUUAAGAAAAAUAGGUCACACAGG